UCGGUUCUAGUUCAAGAGUUCGACGGACGCGAGAGAAAAAAUACGACAGAAAAGUCAAAAUUGAAAUUUAUUAACAUUAACAAUUCUCAGUAGCAGACGGGGGCAGAAUCAACAACAUAAACAUUCAAAACAAAACAAUUGUGUUUUAAAUUUCCGUAGCAGAAUCAAAUUGUAGUCGUCUAGCAAACGUAACGGUAACUGCCCCCCGAAAACAACAAAAAGGCAGAACAAAAGAGAAAUUUUUUUCUUUCCUUUUUUCUUUUUGCGUGUCACUGUGACUCUCUUCCCCGGCCCCGAAAAGAGUGUGUACCCCCCCGUCUCGAGUCUUAUUGCGUCUGGUGAAAACGAAACAUUAGCUUAGAUUUAAAUAUUAAGGAAAAAGUGAAAUAAACUUAGAAAUUGGAAUUUGGUUGCACCGCAAUUUCAAAAGAAAGUUCAUUCACCUAAAAGCAAGAGAAAAUUUAUAUAAAACUACGCCGUCAAAAGCAACAAAUUGCGCAUCUGUUUGAAAUGCCGGAAGAGGAGCCACCACAAAAACCCAUGGACGAAGAGGAAGAUCCAAACCAAGACCAAGAACAGCAGCAGGAUCAGGAAGGCAAUCAGCUAGAACAGCAGCAACAACAACCACAACAACAGCAGCAGCAGCUAACAAUGAAGAAAACUGAAGACUCCUCACAACCCCAACAGGUUGAGGAUCUAUCUAUAGUCACAGAAUUAACGGCCGAGGAGAUGAGAGCUCGCCGCUUGCGGACUUUGGCUGCCAGAAGUGCUAUACAAACUGUCGCUCCACUUUCAGUGCCGCCUGCCCCUGCAACAGCGAAAGACUUGGAAAUAAAGAAAUCUACUCAACCCAUAAAUUUGCCGGAUUUGCAUAGAAAAGAUGGCAGCGAAAUGGAUGUGGACAUGAAAUCCAUAGCCUCUACACCAAUAUUAGAUGUGGAAAUGUCUUCCACACCGCCAAAAGCUUUAUCAGUGCCGACAGCAGAGCCAGUUCCAUUGUUACCUCCAUCCAUUGAGCUUAGUAAGCGCUCUGUGGAAAGCGUUGUGUCGCCUCCAAAUCAAACACAACCCACCAAAUCUCCGGAAGAACAGAAUGAACAAAUCCUCUCACAGAUAUUUAAUGUGACUUGGAAUGAAUUUGGUUCGGGCUCCAUUAUUUGUGCCCAAACUGCCAGCUUUCUAGAGCAAUAUCCACAAUUUCGUUUCGAUUUUGAAACGAUUACAUGCAAUAUACUUAUGGAAACAGUUCUAAAGAUCUACAAUGAUGAAUUGGAGGAGGGACAGGGCAGUCAUAUAGCUUCCGGUGAUGAGAAAGAGUUUUCAUCUGCCAAAAAAAUUAAAUCCGAUGAUACAGAAGUGCAAGAGAUUUUAGCCAAUGUUGAGGGAGAAGCCUCCGCAUCGGAAGUACCAGUCACGGCACCUGAUGGUGCUGUUGCUGCUACUGCUACCCCUGCGGCUGCUGCUACUGCUACAACAUCAGCAUCAGCUGGUGCUCCAGGUCCAUCUAGUUCUGAAUGCUUGGCACCAUCUGUAUUAAAUAUAGUGACCACUACAAAGCACAAUGUCAUGUUGUAUUUAAUCAAAUGCUAUCAAAACUAUCAAAAUGAUUUAUCCAAUUAUACCUCAACUCCCUCUCCGCCCACUGUGCUGCCUUUGGCCUUUGGACAUAUAAUGCGAAUGAUCGUAUUGGUUCUUACCGAUCGUCUCCAUCCGAAUCUCUAUUAUGCCAUGGAUCAGUCCACAUUGCUGGAGCUAAUGUAUAUGGAUAAAGUUAGUGAAUCAUUGCUAAUUGAUUUGGUGGCUCAGACUUAUCAGAAUCCUUCAACAUUUGAGGCAAUCUUUGGCCAAGUUCUACGUGGUCUCUUCUCCGGCAUGCAGCGGAAUAUCUGCACAUCGAAAAUCAAUGUGCAACAAAUUGAAUGGUUGGCCAAAUUGGUCGUCAUUAAAGUUGGUGCGGUACGGCCCAUUGCCGAUUUGGUGGCCAAGCAACCGAAUUUCAUACCACCAAUUUGUACGAAAAUCGCCGGUAGAGAAAUAGUCAAAUGUAGUUUUUUGGGUCCAUUCCUUUCGGUCUCGCUGUUUGCCGAGGAGAAUGUGAAAUUCGCCGAUUUUAGUACUAAAAAUAAAGUGGAAGAGGCAGCCGCUUCAAGAUUACGUUGGGAACUUCAUUCUAUGCGCACUCACAUGCAUACAGUGUUUCAUUCGCUUUGUGUUAAUGCCAGCAGUCGUUUGAAAACUUUGGAAUAUAUUGGCAGAGUUCUACGUCACAAUGAUAGACGUGUUCAAUUUGCCAGUGAUGAGAAAUUGUUGGCCCGUGAUGGUUUUGUCAUCAAUUUAAUGAGUGUCCUUCAGCAGUUAUCCGUGAAAAUUAAAUUGGAUCGCAUUGAUUCAAGUUUCCAUUAUCAUAAGAACUCAUUGAUCAACAUUGAACAGGAUACAAAGAUACGUUAUAACGAAGAGGAAUAUAAAAGCUUUGUGGCCCGUGAAUACAAUUCACCGUCCGCAGAGACGGCCAAUUUUCAAACGCAAUGCUGGUUUCUCACCCUUCAGGCACAUCAUUUAGGCUAUUUGCCAGCCAUUCAGCGGUACCGCCAGAAAGUCCGUGCCAUCAAGGAGUUGCAGAAGCUCAUCGAUGAAUUGGAUCGCACCAAACCACAUUGGGUUAAUUCACGUUAUGCCAAUCGGAAUAAUCAGUUCAAAGAGCGUUGGGAGAAGCAAUUGAGAAAACUGAACAGAUCAAAAACUUGCAGUGAGAUUACAUUAUUGGAUUCUGGUUUAUUGCAACGAUGCACUGAAUUCUAUUCAACUGUUUGCGAAUUUAUGUUAUACCAAUUCGAGGGUCGGCCCAUUGAAGGGCCAUUUAUAUCCAAGUUGCCUGUGCAGCAACUAAAACCGACUGAUGCAUUUUCCGCACUGCCCGAAUGGUAUAUCGAUGAUAUAGCUGAAUUUAUAUUGUUUACAAUGCAGCAUGCCAAUGUGGAUAUACGUCAGGGUAUUGAUCAUUCAAUAAUCACCUGGCUAUUGACAUGUGUGUGUGCCUCGCAUCUGAUUAAAAAUCCAUAUGUGACAGCCAAACUGGUUGAGGUGAUGUUUGUCUUCUCAUUAAAACCAGCUAAUUCGGUCAAUACGGCGAUGUGGAACCAUGAGCUAGCCCAAAAUGCCUUGGUUAGCGCUCUAAUGAGAUUCUAUGUGGAUGUAGAGACAACGGGUCAAAGCACUGAAUUCUAUGAUAAGUUUACCAUAAGAUACCAUAUUAGCCAUUUGUUCAAAUCAAUGUGGGAAAAUCCUAUACAUCGUCAGGCAGUCAUUUGUGAAUCGCGUGUGGGCAAUCAGUUUGUUAAAUUUGUCAAUAUGCUGAUGAAUGAUACUACAUUCUUGCUCGAUGAAUGCUUGGAGAAUUUGAAGCGUAUACAUUUGACGCAACAAUUAUUGUCAGACAAGCAGAAUUUAACUAAAAUGAGCGCCGAGCAACAACAGAGUCGUCUCACGCAAUUGGCAACAGAUGAGCGUCAAUGUCGCUCCUAUUUAACGCUGGCACGCGAGACAGUUGAUCUGUUUCACUAUCUAACUAGUGACAUUAAAGAACCUUUUAUGCGCGCUGAGUUGGUCGAUCGUCUUAGCUCUAUGCUUAAUUUUAAUCUAAAACAAUUAGCUGGCCCCAAAUGCAAUGAUCUGAAAGUAAAGAAUCCAGCCAAAUAUGGUUGGGAACCGCGUAGUUUACUUGCCCAGAUCUUUGAUAUAUAUCUCCACUUGGACUGUGAUAGAUUCGCUCAGGCCUUGGCUGCCGAUGAGCGUUCCUUUGAUGUGCAUAUAUGCAAUGAGGCGGCUUCAAGAAUCAAACGUCUAGCCCUACGCUCAGCCGUUGAAGUGGAGCGUUUUAAGGCGUUAACGCAAAGGGCCCAUGAGAUCUAUGUAACCAAUCAACAGACUGAAGAUGAGUGUGCCGAUGCACCUGAUGAGUUUAAGGAUCCCUUGAUGGAUACUUUAAUGUCAGAUCCAGUAGUGUUACCCUCAGGCACUGUUAUGGAUCGUGCUAUUAUAACACGACAUUUGCUUAAUAGUUGCACGGAUCCUUUUAAUCGUCAGCCCCUCACCGAGGAGAUGUUGAUACCAAAUAUUGAGUUAAAGCAGCGCAUCGAUGCCUGGCGUAAAGAGCAACGUGGCAAGCGGAAUAAUAGUUAAAGACCACAAGCGACGUCAUUCUAGUUUAAUGUCCAGUUUUCUUUUUUUAGUGUCUAUCCAUACUUUAUAUAUAUAUAUAUAUAUCGCAUUAUCUAUAUCUUUAUAGAUAUAUACACACAUAUAUAAAUAUGAAAACUAAUCUAUGGAAAGAUGUAAUGUAAACGUGAAA